CCUGGAUCCUGCACUCCUCUGGCAGCACGGGCUUCCCAAAGCCAAUCUUCUUGACGAACCUGCAGACGCUGGCGAAUUUUCGCAAAAGCUUCGGACUGCGCACUCUAUACGCGUGCACCGGCGUAUCUGGGGAAUCACUCAUUGCCAGUCACUUAUCAGAACCUCUUUGAUGCGCUGCAGGUCGCGCAGCCCGAGCAGAUCAGUGCCGUUCCCUAUGUGAUCAAGCUGCUAGCCGAGAAACCCGAGGGCGUACAAGCUCUAGCAAAGCCGUCGUUAGUACUAUACGGUGGCUCAAGCUGUCCCGACGAUCUAGGGGACCGUCUUGUCGCUCAGGGUGUCAAUCUCGUGGCUAACUACGGCGCCACAGAAACCGGUCAGAUUAUGACAUCCUUCAGAGAACCGGGAGACACCGAGUGGCAGUACAUGCGGCUGCACCGACCCGUCGCAGAUCAUGUCUUGAUGGAUGAGAUCGCACCGGGAGUCUUUGAAUGUGUUGCUCUUGACGGACUGCCGAGCAAAGGACCCUCUAACUCGAAGCCACCGUUUAGUAUCACAAACCCAGAAAACAGUUUCCGGACGGCUGACUUGUUCACUCGUCACCCCUCUAAGAGCAAUCAUUACAAAUAUCUGAGCCGAUUGGAUGACCGCAUCACACUAGUUAAUGGGGAGAAGGUGCUUCCGAUUCCAAUCGAGGGCCGGAUUCGUGAGGAAGAAACCGUGAAAGAGUGUGUUGUCUUCGGCUUCCAGCGAAAUGUGCCAGGGGCCCUUAUUUUCCGCUCAGCGGGCAAAGCGUCACAUUUGAGCGAUAACGAAUUUCUCGAAGCCAUCUGGCCAGCUGUGGAGGCUGCCAAUGCUCGUGCUGAGACGUUUUCCCGCAUCCCCAAGGAGCUGGUCGUGAUCAAAGGUGUUGAUGUCAAGUAUCCAGCGACAGACAAGGGAACGUGUAUCCGUGCCCAGGUCUACCAGCAGUUUGACGAGGACAUCAAGCGAGCAUAUGCUGCAUUCGAAGGCAGUGGAAAGAAAAAAGGAAGCGGUCUCCAAAAGAGCAUACCAGAGCUGGAGGAAUGGCUGCUCUCCAAAUUUCGCGAUGAUCUGGGCGUUCCUUUGCUGAGCGUGGAAGCCGACAUUUUCUCGGCGGGUGUGGACAGCCUGCAGACGACGCGAAUCUGGAGAUACAUCGUUUCCGAUCUGGAUCUCGGCGAGGAAGGGGGGGAGCUGAGCCAGAACAUUGUCUUUGAGAAAGGGACUGUCAGUGCCCUGGCAAGGCAUCUCUAUCAGAUGCGAACCGGUCAAGCGGCAGAAGAGGAAGAUGAACUGCAGGUUAUGCGCCAGCUGAUCGAGAGGUACUCUUCCUUCCCUCAGCAUACUCCGACUAUUGAACAACGACCAGAGACGGAAGUGGUAAUGGUCACUGGCGCCACGGGCAAUCUGGGGGCGUUCAUCGCUGCGGAAUUGCUCAAGCGGCCAACUGUCUCUGAGGUGUGGGCAAUUGUACGCGCCUCGGGCCAGAAAGAAGCCGAGGAUCGCCUGAAAGGAGCGCUAGCAAGCCGCAGCAUUUCUCUCACAGACGAAGAGUCUGCAAAACUGAGAGUCGUUGCCGGUGAUCUCUCCCAGGAAGAUCUAGGUCUCGAUGAGACCAGCCUUCAACACCUCCGCUCAUCCUUGACCUGUGUCAUCCACAGCGCCUGGGCCGUCAAUUUCAACUUGGGCGUGCGGUCCUUCGAAACGCAUCAUAUCAGAGGUACUUACCAUCUCAUCAACCUUUGUCUACGCUCAAACCUACCGAGUCCUGCCCGGUUCUUCUUCUGCUCCAGUGUGAGCACGGCAAGCAACACGCCGAAACCAGCCUCCAUCUUGGAGACGGUCAUUGAGAAUUUAAGCCACGCGCAGGGUACCGGAUACGGCAGGUCAAAGCUCGUCACAGAACACAUCACUCGUGCCGCGAUGCGGGCAACUGGCAUGCAGGCGCGAAUCUUGCGUAUCGGGCAGCUCAGUGGCGAUACCGUCAGCGCGAACUGGAACGACACAGAGGCUAUAGCACUCAUGUUUCGCAGUAUCCUAACAACCGGCGCUCUGCCGGAGUUGCAUGAACGACCGAGCUGGCUGCCUGUCGACUCCUGUGCAAGAGCGAUUGCAGACAUCGCAAUUGACACUGUCUGUCCGGAUGUUGACCUGGUGUAUCAUCUUGUCAACCCGCACACGUUUAGCUUCACAAACGAUCUGCUUCCUGCUCUCAAGAAGGGAUCGGCCUUUCCCGAUUUUGAGACCGUGACGCCGCAGGAAUGGCUGCAGAGGCUAGCAACGAGCGAACAGGACCCGGAGAAGAACCCAAGCAUCAAACUCAUCGAUUUCCUUCGUGACUGUCCGUCGCUGGCUGUGGUAAAAGACCCUGUUUCUGCAGGGCUAAUGCAGAGAUACAUUCAGACAUGGAUGGCGAGAUGGACAGGACAGUGAUCGAUUUUAGAACCAUCAGAC